GCAGGAAGUCCUUUAAACCUGACUUGCCGAGCGUUUUUCGGCUACAGCGGCGACGUCAGCCCACACAUCUACUGGAUGAAGGGGGAAAAGUUCAUCGAGGACUUGGAUGAAGAGCGAAUCCAGGAGAGCGACAUCAAGCUUGUCAAGGAGCAUCUUGGUGAACAAGAAGUGGCGAUUUCCUUGACGAUUGACUCUUUGGAGGAGGAGGACUUGGGAAAUUAUUCGUGCCAUGUGGAAAAUAGUAACGGCCGUCGCCAGGCCACCAUCCAGGUCUUCAGGAGGGAGCUCAUGUACACAGUGGAGCUGGCAGGCGGGCUGGGAGCAAUCCUGCUGCUCCUCAUCUUUCUCAUCUCCCUCUACAAAUGCUACAAGAUUGAGCUGAUGCUUUUCUACAGGAGGCACUUUGGCAGCGAGGAUGUUGAUGGAGAGAACAAAGACUAUGAUGCAUAUCUGUCUUACACCAAAGUGGACCCUGAUCAAUGGAGUCAGGAGACCAGGGAGGAGGAGCGCUUCGCCCUGGAGAUCCUCCCUGAUGUGCUGGAAAAACAUUAUGGUUAUAAACUUUUCAUCCCAGACCGAGACCUCAUUCCAACAGGAACCUACAUAGAAGAUGUGGCACGUUGCGUAGACCAGAGCAAACGCCUCAUUAUAGUCAUGACGCCCAACUAUGUAGUGAGGCGAGGCUGGAGCAUCUUCGAGCUGGAGACAAGGCUGCGCAACAUGCUGGUGACUGGUGAGAUCAAAGUCAUCCUCAUCGAGUGUGCUGAGCUGCGUGGCAUCAUGAACUACCAGGAGGUCGAGGCCCUCAAACACACCAUCAAAACCCUCACCGUCAUCAAGUGGCGAGGCCCCAAAAGCAACAAGCUCAACUCAAAGUUCUGGAAGCAGCUGCAGUACGAGAUGCCCUUCAGACGCACAGAGCCCAUGCUUACACACGAGCCAGCGCUGGAUGUUAGCGAGCAGGGUCCGUUUGGAGAGCUGCAGACCGUCUCUGCCAUCUCCAUGGCAGCAGCCACCUCCACCGCCAUGGCCACAGCCCAUCCGGAGCUGCGCUCAACCUUCCACAACACGUACCACACCACCUUGAGGCAGAAACACUACUACCGAAGCUAUGAGUACGACAUACCCCCGGGAGGCACCCUGCCACCUCUGUCAUCUCUGGGGAACCAGCAUACCUACUGCAACAUCCCGCUAACACUGCUGAACGGGCAGAGGCCACCCAGAAAAAGCCGAGAACACAGCCUUGAGGAGCCUCACGCUAACAACGCCAUGCUCCCUUUGCUGCCAAGAGAAACGAGCAUCUCCAGCGUCAUCUGGUAGUGAUAAGCAGACUCCAAGUUGAUGUUAGAGAGAUCCACCAGAGUCCGACAUGACUGGAUUCUGUCAGCUAGAAGAAUAAGUGGAGGCCAAAAUUGUUUUGGAUCAAUUUGGCAUCAUGGCAGCAAGACAAAGG